UUUGGCGGGAAGCGCACGCGGCUCGUGUUCGCUGCUCGGUUGCUCCGGGUGUGACGACGCCGAGAUGACGCCCGCUGUAUGGCUGCUGUGCCUGAUGGCGUUGAUCACCACAUCGACGAGUGCGAUCAUCCCAAGGGAGACAGCAAACAGCAAAGCCAGACAGGUGGAGCACGAACAACUUAUUCAACUCUUGCUACCAAUCUACGUGAAGCUUCCUCCAGGCAUCCACUCCGCUAGUGGAAGUUCGAGGGACAGCAUCCGGCAACAAGAAGCGACCGCCGGUGCCGAGUCGUUACGCCGGCAGAGCGUCGUCAUUCCUGGAGCUAUCAUCGUAGAUCCACGCAGCGGAGUUCUACUUCCUAAAGGCAGGUCCAGAGAAGAGUUAGAACCUGCGAUGCGUGACAGCUUGCAUAUCAUGCAAAGGUUUCUGCAACGUUCCAGGCGUCAGCACUUGGACUCUCCAGCGCCAAGAAGGCGCCGAAGUGUAAGCCAAGGUCAACAAGAUGUCAGACGCACGAACGUUAGACGGCCCCAUUCCUGGACCUCGAGACACCGUACACAGCCUUCGAGAAGUGUGAAGUCCCCAAGAGAGGGCCAUGUUCAUAGCGGACGGCUUCGGAGACGUCGUAUUCCGACGCCGUCAACGACGUCUGAUUAUGAGGUCGUGCUAUCUCAGAAGGACGACGCUGCUCAUAAUUCGUCCCUUUCCAAAGACGACGUUUCAUCAUUGUCUUCAACGAUGUUUUCUACGGAGCCGCGUCACCCAAUAACGGAGCAUCGAGAAACCCCCCGAGUUCCCCAACAGAAGAAAAGUCAAGACGAUGCCGUUGUGGCGAAUCUGGACGGCAAAGACGGAGUCAUCGAACGUUUGAAGACGAGGCAUUCAGCAGCAUUGGAUGAUCAAAGAAGGAACAUCACCCUCCUGUUACAGGACGCGCGGAGAUUCACACCCAAAGCGUCGACAACUGCGCAGACAUCAUCUUCAACCACACAGACUCCAAUGCACCCAGAACUCCGCAAAUUCCUGGUGGCAGGCAUGACGGACAAUUCAUCUUCCGACCUUCUCGUCAUUAAAGACGUCUUCAACGAAACGUCCAUACGCCCGUACGAAGCACUGCGCGUCAACACAACCGGUGCAUCGCCCGAUCGUUACGGAGGAACCCCCGUGAAAAACUUGGGAAAGUUCUGGAUGCUUCCGCCAGGCUUCAAGAACCGCAGGAGACGACGGUCCGUCUUGCCGUACUACGCCGUCAGUUCCUUCGCCCUGAGUCCCACGUACCCCGAGGACAAGAACCAGACCUUUUACACCGUCUUUGCACGGGUGUCAGACUCGAUGUUGCGAGACUUCAUGUCCAAGAACGGCCGGGCGCCGCCACUCGAAGACCCCGAUGACGACGGUCACAUCUACUCCGAGGAACUGUUCAAUUAUGUCACAAGCCGCGCGGACAGAAACCACGAGAAUGUCAUCAAGGAUCUCCGAGGGCGGACCUGGGAAGAGUUAUUCCACAAAGUGUACGAGCAGAUGAAAGAGGAUGAGGAAAAACGUCACGGCACCAUGGAGCCUUUGGGCUAUCACUUCACGUAUGCCUUACAUCACGGGGAAAGGGGAAUGCGGAGCAGCGAGAAUCGGUCGGGGGAAGGGAAAGGCCACGAAGCAGGUUCCAAGGUAUCGAUGAGGAAAAGGGAAGAUACUCUAGAACAUCGGGAAGGCGAAAGCAGCACGGCAAGUCACGAAAAGGCCACAACUCAGCACAUCGACACGCAUUCACCGUGGAUCCAUUUCCAGAGCAAUGCCGAAGAAGCACGAACGGAGCACUCGCCGCUUCCAGCAACCGAGGCCCUUCUUGAAUACGCGCAGAAACAGCAACAGAAGAACGUGCCAGAAGACAUCACGAAAGAUAUCAUACCGGAGAUCACGCAAAAACUCGCAGAACUUGGCUAUGAAGUCAAAGCUAAGAAACUAGUAUCUGAUAAGACGGCUGCUCUGCAAGUGGGGCCUGGUUUCUUGGCAGAACCCAACUCUCAGUUUCUUCAAGUCGCAGCUAAAACUAGACUAGCCAAAAAAGACGACUGA